ACUCUCUCGAAACCGCUCCACGGAGAAGCACCAGAAACAUGGGAAGCAUAAUCUUCCAGCUAAUCCUAGCCGCCUUACUAACGCUCCCCAACCUCCGCUCGCAAUCGCUCUCCCCCGAAUACGCCCUCAAAAUCGAAGCCAUCCGUAAAACCAUCAGGCAAGAAAUGGACGACCAUCGCAAGACCAUCUCCACCACCAAGACCUACAUGGCCUCGUUGACCAGCCGCGUCGGCGACGACAUCCAGCACGAGAUGAACGUCAUCCGAUCUAACAUCCGCAACGGCAAAGAAGUGGCCGCCAGCCGGAACAUCAAAAUCUGCGAGUGCUUCCACAUCCUGGACGCGCUCAACAUCCCCAACGACACCUUCGAGCUGGACGUGAACAAGCUGAACAAGUGCCAGCACCAGGACAGCAUGGAGUUCCUCGAGAACGAGCUCUCCUAUCUGACCAACGUCCACGACACCCUCAACAAGACGGUGAGGCAGUGCAUGAAGCUCGACAAGCGCGACCCGUUCGCCUUCCUCGACGACUGGCAUCCCUGCAUCGAUCAGACGCUCAGCCAGAUCGAGUGGAGGAUCAGCUACUUCAGGCAGGUGUCGAAGGUGUUCGCCAAAGGGGCCUACAAGGAGUGCUUCGUGUGCUUGAGGAGCUUGAGCAAUUUCUACAGGCAGAACAUCUUCCCGGCCGGCCACCAGUACGCUGUUUGUAUUUACAAGCGCAUAGGGGAGGCCCUGUAGAUUGCUGCACUUGUAAAAAUUUUUGUUGGAAAUUCA